CCGUUAAUUUCAACGGCGAGGUCUUCGAGAGCCCCAACUACUGCUUCACCCUCCGCCAGGCCGAGCACUCCGCCGCCGAGGUCGCCCUCAACUCCCUCUCCUCCCGCGGCCCUUCUCACUCCCUCGCCGCUCGUAUCCUGCUAUCCAAGGGAUGGAAGGACAGAUUUUUUUGGAGUCCCUCCAGUCAAGAAUUGGGGUGUCAUAGUCGCUAGUCAUUGCGCAUCGACCAUCAUGCCCAGUAGGAGAUGAUGGUUUCCUAGGUGUAAAGGAACCACACAGAUCCAAGCUUAGCUGGGUGGUUGAACUUUACUGGGUUGACAACACUAUGGGGGAGGUCUUCUAGAAAAAUCAGCUGGAUGUGAGGAUGAUAGAAAGUUAUAGUAGUUUAAUUGGAGUGGCCAGUUACUUUUGGUUACGGCAGAAGCGUCUUGUAUCCGGCAAUGUUGAUUGAACCUUCCCUUUUCUUACCAUGGUCUUUCUCACUGGACAAGGAUGAGACAGGAAUAUACAAGAACCUCUUGCAGGAGAUCUCACAGAGAGUUGGAGCCCCAUUGCCUCAAUAUACAACUUUCAGAUCAGGGCUUGGUCACCAACCUGUUUUCACAGGGGCAGUAGAAUUAGCUGGGAUCAUUUUCACUGGCGAGCCUGCCAAGAAUAAGAAACAGGCGGAAAAGAAUGCUGCUAUGGCAGCGUGGUCAUCUCUAAAACAAUUGGCAAAGGAAUCAGCAAGCUCGCCUGAAGCAGAGAGCAAUGAUGAGCUUGAACAGAUAACUGUGGCACGAGCCUUACUAAAUUACCGUUUGAAGGAGAAGAUAGCAUUGGGCAACUCUCCUGGUGGCUCAAUACCAUUUCCAAAGAAGUUCACUACUCAAAACGCUAGACCAACCAGCCCACAGCCGCAACCAGCAAGCACAUCAAAGAUCCUACCUUUAAUAUGCCCAAAGACGAUGGUUCCUCGUAGCAGACCGUCAUCACCAGCAAAGGACAAUUUUGUGCCGUCACGAUAUUCUCCAUCUCUGGAAUGCCAUGGGAACCGACCUCAGAAGUUCCCUGCAGCAGGAGCGUCUCCUUAUGUACCGAUCAGCCAAUUUAGGGCAUCUUGCAGGGGCCUUGCACCGCCUGUGACAAUAAGAAAUGCCAUUCCUGUGUACUCUGCUCCGCCUCGUCCACCACCUGCCAGGAUCUGCCCUUCCAUAAUGCAGGCCCCGGCAGUGCGGAUUGCCCCUUCCGUGUCUAUUAGGCAAGCUGUGCCAGUGUUUGCUGCUCCACCAGCUAGGAAGGAAGAUGUACGCCCGGUCCAAAAAGAGGAACCUCCGGCCUUUGUUCCUUCUACACUUCCAAGUCAGUCCGCCCCCGAUGUAGGAGUCAAGAAUGCCGAGAAAAGCACCCUGCAAGACGAAUCGACGGUAGUACAGAGGAUAGAUAAACUUAAAAUAUAAUGGCGGUUUUGGAAAAGUGCGAGUGUAGGAAAUAGCGUUAUGGCUUUGGACAGUCUUAGGUUUGGUUUGUCUUCUGUUCUCUUCUUGUUAUAAGAGUGCCCCUCCCUCCUCCCUCCUCUCUCUCUCUCUCUCUCUCUCUCGUAUUUUUUCCUACCUAGUCCCCUGUUAAGAGCUACAGUCAGUGAAAGUUAUUAGCUUCGGUUUGUAAUUGACUUUGGUCGGCACAUCAUUGCUACUCGUGAUGAGUUGAUGAGAUGUGCAAUCCCGUCUUCCCCA